UUGUCUCAAUGUAUUAUUUACUGUAGCUAAGAGACUUUUUCAGUGUUCAGUUUUGUGUUGGUCCAUCUUAUUCUUCUUUCUACUUCAUGGCAACAGAGGCUAAUGAGAGUACACAGAUGAACACCCUUGUAGUUAGAAAACGGUGUUUUGGUCUCCCCACCGGUUGCCCUCAAUGCUUAUCGGCCUAUAUUUUUCUCAAGCUCUCUCAAGUUCCCUUCAACUUGGAUUAUCACCCUAACUACCCUGAUUCUGAUCAGAUUCCCUACUUUGAGACGGGAGAUUGUGUGGCAUACAAUAAUGAGAAGGAGGGGAUAAUUGAGAGCUUGAAAAGGGAUGUUGGUGAUUUAGAUAGUGGUAUUUCUUCUCUCCCUGAUUGGAUGGCAACCAAAGUGUUGCUCACCACAUGGCUUGCUGAUGCACUGGAGUAUGAACUGUGGGUGGGAUGUAGUGGUUCCUCUGCUAAUAAGAUCUAUUAUUCUGAUCUUCCCUGGCCUAUAGGGCGGAUCCUCUAUUGGAAGAAAGCUCUUUGGGUGAUGCAGAAACAUGGGAUAAGUAAAGAAAAUGCUGAAAAGAAGGAAGAAGAGAUUUAUGGGAGAGCAAACUCUGCAUAUGAUGCUCUGUCAACUUUGUUAGGGGAGCAAAACUACCUUUUCGAAAAUAGGCCAUCAAGCUUGGAUGCUAUUUUUCUUGCUCAUGCAUUAGUUAUUCUUCGAGCUUUACCCGAAUCAUCAAUUUUGCGGGUCAACUUUUUGGAACAUACCAUUUUGGUGAAAUAUGUGCAGCAAUGCAAUACAAAAAUUAUAGAAACUAGUGCUUUGCCUUCCAAUUAUCCAGAUUUUCAUGCAGAACCAUCAUCAUCAUCAUCAGCUUCUAAAGGUCGUUCAACUUCAGGUUCAAAGCCCAAGACUAAACCUAAAAGAAAGCCACAAACAAAGGAGGAGAAAACCUUUAGAAGAAGGGCUAAAUAUUUUGUGGUAGCACAGCUAGUUGCUGUUAUUCUUUUCCUCAGUAUCAGGUCUGGAUCUGGUGAUGAUGCUUUGGAGUUAGAUGAUGUAGGCUAUGAUUUCGAUGAAUGAAAAUGCAUUCAUUUGUUUAUCUUCCUCUCAAUGACAAAGCCUAGGCUGAAUGCAUGUUGAAGAUGUGCAUCCUUUUCUUGUGUAUGGUCCAAAUUUAGAAGUAUGGAAAAGUACCAUUCACAGAUUUUUCCUACAGGAUCCAUUUUCUCUAUACAUGAUUUGGUUUCAGUA